GCAGUUAAAAACAUUAGAUGACAGUUGGAAGAUAUUAGCGGCGGUGGCUUGUCUCAUCAAGAACAGUAGCAAUGUGCUGCAUGGGCAGAUUAGAUCCCAGCAGGAGACUGAAGAUAGUCGAGUCAGAGAGCUUCAGGAGAAGCUGGAGCAGGAGAUCAGGGAUCUGGAGAGGAAAGACGCUGAGCUGAAGCAGCUCUCAGAUACACCAGAUCACAGCCAGUUUCUCCACAACUACCCCUCAGUGUCAGCACUCAGUGAGUCCACACACUCAUCCAGCAUCAGCAUCCGUCCUCGCAGACACUUCGAGCACUUGGUAACACUUCUGGAAGAGCUCAAGGAAGAAAUGCAGGACAGACUGAAGGACACCUGGACAAGCGUCUGUCAGAUAAUCUCUCUUCCAGAUUUUUUAGUGCCAAAACCAGAACCAAAGACCAGAGUUGGAUUCUUAAGAUAUUCACGUGACAUCACUCUGGAUCCAAACACAAAGCUGGUUUUAUCUGAUGGAGACAGAAAAGUAACAGCAGUGAAAAAACAUCAGUCUUAUCCUGAUCAUCCAGACAGAUUCAGUUUUUAUUUGCAGGUUUUGAGCAGAGAGAGUCUGACUGGACGUUGUUUCUGGGAGGUGGAGAUGACAGGAGGUCAUGUAGCAGUCGCAUACAAGAGCAUCAGCAGAGCAGGGAAAGGGAAGAAGUAUAAUUUUGGACGUAAUGACAAAUCCUGGGCAUUAAAUUGUAACCCAAACAGCGAUGGAUUUUGGUUCAACAACACUAAAACUCCUGUCUCAGGUCCUCAGUCCUCCAGAAUAGGAGUUUAUCUGGAUCACAGUGCAGGUAUUCUGUCCUUCUACAGCGUCUCUGAAACCAUGACUCUCCUCCACAGAGUCCAGACCACAUUCACUGAGCCGCUACAUGCUGGAAUCUGGGUGGAAAAAUCUGCUGAGAUCCUGAAACUGAAAUAAACUUACAUCUGUCACAGUUCAGGGGUUGAAAUCAGAGAUUGAGCUCAUCGUGACUUUUAUUCUAAACAUGAAAAUAUCAGCUUCUCUGUGCUCUGAAUGUUUGAACUUUUGUAUGGAUCUGUUUGUUUGCUGCAGUUUUUCUUCUUCAUGAACCUCAGCAGAGAAAUCAGCAGACCUUCUUCUCCCACAGAGAUUUUAUUCUCACCACUUUGUAAAUGUGUGAAGAAAUGUAGGAUUGCAUUUGUUUUGAAUGAUUAAAAUGAUUAAAUGAUCUACAGCUGAUGCAAUUUAAA